AUGUCAGCGCUUGGUGCGGCCGCACCGCGCACCUGCCUGAGGCUACCGGGUCCGGUGGCACGCAGAGCGGCGCCAGCGUCGACCCGGCCGUUCCUGCGCGGCUGCUUGCCGGUUCUCCCGCCGAGGAACGCGAAGAAGCAUGUCGCUCCGCCGCGUGCGCGCGGAGUGCGGACGUACGCGAUGGUGAACGUGGACUUGGGGCCAGCGACGGUGCUAGGGGCCUCGCUCGUGGGGCUGGGGGUGGUGCUGUACCAGGUCCGACUCGGGCGGCCGGCGAUAUCCCGGGACUACGACGUGGUCUUCUCGUCCAUGUCGGUCCUCGUCGGCGGCAUCCUCAUUUUCCAGGGCUGGCGCUUGGAUCCCCUGCUCAUGUUCGGGGAGCUGCUGACCGCCGGAGUCGCGGUUGCGUUCGCGGUCGAGGCGCUCAGCUUGCGCUCGGAGCUCACCGAGGCUCUGCAGGAGCAGCAGCAGUCCCAGGACGCCUUGCCACAGGGCGGCGAGUUCGACCAGAACGUGUUCCGCCCGGACGCGCAGUACGACGCGCAGUACGACGAGUACGGCGCCUGGCGGGAGCAAAGCGCGAGCUCCCGGCUCCCGCCGGGCGAGCCGGCGCCGAGCUACGACGACUACUUCGGCGACAGUCGGAGUGCGCGCAACGGCGGGGGCGGCGCGGGGCGCUGGGACGGCGGCGGGGGCUUCGGAGCGGGCGGCGGGGGCGGCGGUGGGGCACCUGUGCGCGGUGACGACCCGUACGGCGGCAGCGGCGGCGGGCAGGCGCUUCCUGAGGGCCGCGGAGCUGGGCGGCCAUGGCGGUCGAGCGCGCCGGCUCCGGCGCCGCGGGUCGCGGACUACGAGGACGCCGGGGACUGGGAGUGA